UCGUUUGGUGCGAGCUAGACUUAAAGAUAUCAGCUACUUGGGGAAGUACAUCCGUGUUGUAUCUCGUCCUUGCUUUUUUUUUUUUUUUUUUGGCGUAGUAUAACUUUGUAAACAAGAUUUGAGGAACAGAUAAUUUCUGCGCACUCACAGGAAAGUUUUGUGGCGUUAUGAUAUACUGCGACAGACACCCAGUUUUGGGCAUGGAAGAUAUAUGAUAAUGAGGAUAAUCGGUGUCAACCGUGUCAGGCGGAGUCACCCAGUGUCACUGUCAGUGUCAGUGUCAGUCACAUGUAGAUGUGCACAGCGGAAUGUAAACAAGAGUAACAAGUGUCAGUGGUACCGAGCAUCGCCCUAAAUACUCUUUCGACGUUGCUCUACGAUAUUUCAAACUAUCAUAUUUACCACAUGGCGGAAUAUACAGAUUGAAUUGUGGUGAUUUUAUCCCGUAACGAAUUAAAUCAGUGAACUUGUUCCUAAAUACUAAGGAAUGACAAGAUAGCCUAGCUACCCAAGUACUACCACUCCUCGGUGAAUGGUUAAGCUAGGCCUAGGUAGGCUGGUCUGCAGCGAGGACGUUAGCCUAGCUUAUGGACUUCUUGUGAAAGAAUGGCGUCAUCAGCUUCCCGUUCUGAAGUGGAUGAUGAUCGAUGGUUUUUUGGCAAGAUUACUGCUGAAGAAGCAAAUGAAAUCCUUGCUGAAGAAGGGGGUGAGGAAGGAACAUUUCUUGUGCGAGAAAGUUGUUCCUCGCCUGGAAAUUACGUCUUGUCUUUUAUCACUGAGGCCCUUCCACUUCACAUACUAAUCCGGAAGUAUCAUGAGGAUGCAUUUUUUUCAUUGGUUCUUGAAAAUGAGCCACCUGUGUUUCAUGGACUUGAUAGUCUAAUUAACUAUUACUGCCAAAACCCAGUGGGUGAGUCUUCAACAGUUCUCAUCCGUUCCUGCUGUGGUGAACCACUUCCUGCUGAAGUAAGAUUGCAUGGAUCUUCCAGUCUACUACACAGGUCAACCAGUCAAGGAAAUAUAACUGUUGUAUCUGAGCUCUUGAAGUCUGGAUAUAAGAAACUUGAUGACAAGAACAACAAUGGCCAGACAGCAUUACACAUUGCAAGUGUGAAAGGUCAUGUAGAAAUUACAGAAAUGUUAAUAAAAGCUUCAGCUUUAAUAGAGGUUCGAGACGGAGAAGGUGUCACUCCUUUGCACCUUGCUUGUAGACAUAAUAGACCUGCUAUAGUACGACUUCUUGUAGGCUUCGGUAAAGCUGACUUGCAAGCCAGAGCUACAAAAACAGGUGCUGUUGCAUUACAUGAGGCUGCUGAGAAUGGUAGUGUAGAUGCUGCAAAAUUGUUGCUAUCAUUUCACGCUCCAUCAUGUCCACAAAACAAAAAUCGAGAAAUACCAGCUUUUUUGGCAAAGAAAGGUGGACAUAUGGAAUGUUAUAAAUUAUUAGUUAACCAUCAGUGUCCUGUGCCCCAGUUGCCAAUAAAAAGUUAUUUUCAUGGAAAAAUUGAUCGUAGUGAUGCCACAGAAAGACUUCUAAGUGCUCCAGAAGCACGAUCUGGGUAUUUUCUCUUGAGACAAAGUCCUAGAAAACAGGAUGUCUAUGUGCUAACAUUGAGGUUUGAAAACCAGGCAUACAAUUAUGAAAUAUCAAGAAAGCAUGGAUUGCUACAUAUUGAUGAAGGUCCACUUUUUCCAUCUGUUGAAUGUCUAGUGGAUCACCACGUCCGUUUCACAGAUGGUCUACCUUGUCGAUUGGUAAAGCCUGUGUCACCUCCACCUGGCACUGUUAAUGAGGUGCUUUCCAGUAAUACACUAAGUAUUAGCCAAUUUCAGUUUGAAAGAUUACUUCAAGGUGGUGCUACUCGCAUUAAUGAAGACUUUGAAAGUUCUCCCACUAGUUCCUUUGAGAGCAGAAGAGUGCAAAAUCCAAAUAUUGUUGUGACUCAGUCAACACCCCGCCCAGCAUCGGAUUUAAUUGAUCUUCAUGGACAAGGUGUCAUAUUCCAAAAAACUUCACAUAGCAGUAGUAGUCCACUUCAUUCUCAGACUCCUUCUCGAGACAGCCUAAGAUUAGAUUUAAAGUCUCUCUCAAUUGAUAAUCCAAUACAAAAUAGUGGAAGUAGUCCAACAAUGGAUGGUAACAGAACUGAUGAGAUAUUAGGGGAAAUAGAUGUCAAUCAUUUAAGUGCAGGCCAAGUUCUAGGAAAUGGCGAGUUUGGCUCUGUUAUGAAGGGUAUAUGGUUAAGCCCCUCAGGUGAUCAAAUUGAAGUGGCUAUUAAGACACUUCACAUAGAUGAUAAUGUUCAUAAGGAGAGUUUUCUAAAGGAAGCUGAGGUUAUGAUGAACCUGAACCAUCUAUAUAUUGUCAAGUUGGUGGGUGUAUGCCAUGGUCCACCAUUAGCAAUGGUACAAGAACUAAUGGCUAUGGGAGCUCUCUUGGACUUCCUUUUGGAGCAUCCUGAUCAAAUAUCUGUUGAUUUCCACUUGAAGCUUUGGGCAGCACAAAUAGCUGAUGGAAUGGCAUACUUGGAGCAAAAGCAUUUUGUUCAUCGUGACCUUGCAGCUCGCAACAUUCUUUUAUCAUCAAUGACUUUAGUCAAGAUCAGCGACUUUGGACUCUCUCGGGCAUUAGGGGGUAACAAAGAUUACUACACAUCCAGCAAAGGAGGAAAAUGGCCUCUGAAAUGGUGUGCUCCUGAGUCAAUCAAUUAUGGCACAUUUACUCAUGGUAGUGAUGUAUGGAGUUAUGGUAUCACACUAUGGGAAAUGUAUACUUUUGGUGAUCAACCAUAUGGGGAACUGCCAGGGUUCAAAGUUGUCGAGUUACUUGAGAAAAAAGAUAGACUCCCUCAACCAGAGAAAUGCCCAGACUCAGUGUUUAAUUUGAUGAUGCAAUGUUGGAGUUAUAAGCCUCAUUCCAGACCAUCCUUCAAGGAGUUGGCUACGUUGUUCAGGACAAAGCCCGAGUAUGCAAACAUUAAGCCAUAUUUCAAGUGAAUCUCAAUAUCUGGACAUUGUCAAGAAAAAAACACUUUGGAUUGUGCAAUAAUGAAACUGAUGAGUCUCAAGUUCAGUAAAUAGAUAAUUACAAAGCCUGGAUUCCAUAUAUGACAGAGCAGUAUUCCUUAAUUUAUAUAAAGUAUUACAUUGUUGAUUUGGUAGGUGAAUAUAUACAUGAAUUGAUUUAUUUAGAGGACAAAAUA